AUUUACAAGUUGUCAUUGUAUUUUUUUUCAGAUAUGUUAAGUUUUUAAAUCUAUCAUUUAGUAAAUUUAAUUGACAAUGUGAUAAAUUCUUUUUAAAACAUUUUUUUUUCAUUCACAAAGUUAAUGAUGAAUGAGAAUAUUGAAAAGAGAAGAGAAUAUGACCUGCCACUGUCCGCAAACAUAUCGGAAAUACACGUGCAUCAUUACGUAAUUAAUCUGCAUUGUGAUCUUCAAAAUCAAGUCUUUCAUGGCAGUACAACUGUCUUUUUCACUCGGCGACCUGAAAGUAAUCCCAAGACUGAGCAGCCCAGUGUUUCUUGUCAUGUCAUCUGCUCCAAUAGUUCAAAUUAUGAAAUUUGUGAAAGAGAUUCCAACUCUUAUAACCCAGAGAGCUCUAAUGUAGUUCAGGAAUCCAAUUUAACUGAGACUGUAAAAACUGAUGAACCACUUUUGCAUUUACCGAAAUUUCAUAACUCUGUUGAGUCAUCAUGGUCGUAUCAACAUGUAAGCAAAGAAACAUCAGAAUUGGGGAGCUCUAGUGCACAUCUUGGAAAAACUCAAUUUCUUGACAAAAGACCCCUCUCUGAGUCAGAAAUUGGUGUGUCUCCAAACAAACAAAUGAAAAGUUCAGUUCAGGCAUUUGAGAAUACACAAAUAUUAAAAAAAUUAUCCAGCAAAAAUUUUAACAAUGAAGGUGACACUAAAAUUAAGGAUUUCACAUUGAUAUUAGACUGUCAUAAGUUGGAAAUACAAAAUGUUUCAGAAGAGAAUGUGACAUCAAGCAUUGACUCAGAAACAUUUAGUUCACCAGACUGUUUAAUAAAAAAUACUCGAACAACUGGCACGCCACUCAAAUUUGAAUUAGGAGACCAGUGUUUAAAAAUUCAGGUACCUGAUUGUAAAAAAGAUCAAAAUGAGUUGAGGGCAAUAAAUAUUUCAUAUAAAACUUUAGAUGGACAUUCUCUAAAAUGGUCAAAAGAUCAAGAUGGCAAUGACUGUGUGUACACACAUGGACACUGGAUCAACAACCGUUCACUGUUUCCUAGUCAAGAUGUUCCUGAGGCCCUGGCGACAUGGCAAGCCUUUAUUUAUGUACCCCAGGGAAUGACUGUCAUCAUGAGUGGGGAUCACAAUCCACAGAGAAAACAAUUAGAAAACAAAAUGGAAUGUUUUUACUUUUGGACUUCCUUUCCCAUGCCAAGUUCAACUCUUUCACUUGCUGUUGGACAUUGGAAAGAAUGUAAAAAGCCAGAGACACCAAAGAAUGAAGUGAUCCCUUAUCGUGUGUUUGGUCCUGAGAUUCUGAUGACUUCAAUGAAUGCCAUUCAUCAGUACAUUCCACUGUGUCUAGAGGAGGUUACCGCUGUUCUUGGACAACAUCCAAUGAAAAGACAGGAAAUUUUGAUAGUACCAGCAUCUUUUGACAGUUUAGGAAUGGCAAGCCCCAGUGUUCUAUACUUAUCCCAGUCCCUCCUACAGACAGACCUAUCCAUGUUUUACCGCCUCGCUCAUGAGGUUUGUCACACCUGGUUUGGUAUUGUGAUUGGCCCCGUGGACUGGACUGAGGAAUGGCUGACAGAAGGAUUCUGUACCUAUUUUGAGGACAUUAUACACCUCAGGGUGCUACGAAGACUGGGGAGAAUUUCAGAAGAGGAGGAGGAUGACAUCCGUGAUCUGAGAGACCUCAUUAAAUUCCGCAUCCUGACGGCUGAAAUUCAGAAUACAGAAGAAACCCUUCAAACACUCAAACCAGAUUGUACUGAGUCAGGAAGCAACAAAACAUUUGUUAAAAAUGGAAUGAACCCCGAGAAGAAAUACUUGCAGGUUCACUACCUCAAAGGAUAUUUCCUACUUAGAUACUUGGAAAAAUUAGCUGGAACUGCGAAAUUUUUAGAAUGUCUCAGAAAAUAUGUUCAGCAGUUUCAUGGAAAACUGGUUUCCUCUCAGGAGGUCCUGCAAUUUUUUAUCCAUAAAUGUGAAGAAAUAGCUGCAACUGGGCUGACUGCUUCAGAAUUGUCCUCUGUUUGGUUGGAAUGCUCAGGUUUGCCAUCAGCAGUAUCAGACAUGAUAGAAAAAGUAAAGAAAGGAAGCAAAACUGUGCAAAAUGUGAAGAGUCAGGUUGAUCUGUUUUGUGAAAGCUAUAGGAAAAGAAAGUCUGAGUCUACUAUAAUUGCAGAAUUAAAGGAUUGCAGCCCAGAUGAAUUGAUAUUAUUCUUAGAAUUACUUCUGGAUGAAAAUGAGAUUCCAUGGUUUGGUUUAUCAAGUCUGAAGAAAAAGUAUCACCUAGAAACCUGCAAUGCUGAGAUCAAACACAGAUGGUGUGAACUCAUAAUAAAGUGCAGACAGAGAAGCAGUAGUUUUUACAAAGAUAUUCAGGACUUCCUUAUAGAUCAUCAGGGCAUGGGUGUUUAUCUAUAUGGAGAAAUGAUGUUGAGUGGAAGAAAAGCAUUAAUCAAUCUGGCACACAAGUGUUUUAAGCAGCUACAACAAAGUAUGGGCAUAGACACCUACACUGCUGUCCACAGUAUGCUGUUUGGAGAAUGACAAUUUCUAUAUACAUUGUAUGUAUGUAAACCUCAAAUAAAGGAAGAAAGGGCAGCUACAAUAAAGUAUGGGGAUAGACACUUACACCGCUAUGCUGUUUGGAGAGUGAUAGUAUCUAUGGAUAAGGCUUCCACAUGUAUGCUACUUUGGUUCAAGCACAGGAACUAAAAGUUUCUUGGUUGUGGUAGACAGUGCUAUAACUUAGUGCUGUUUGGUACAUGUAGAUAUCAGGAUGGGGAAUAAUAAUACAUGAAAUUUAUCAUUCCUGUAUAAGAAAUACUGAACUGUUUAUACAUGUACAAAUAUAAGGUAUCUGACCUGUGAAAGGUGCUUGCAUGCUUAUCUGACUGCAUGAGCAGAACUCUGUGUUAGAUUCUACCUAUGGAAGAUUUGACAAAGUAAUUUUUGUGAUAUUUUAAUACAUUUCCAAAAUAUCCUAUGAUUCAGGUAGUAUUUAUUGAGUGUGUUUUCAACAGUAUAGU